AUGGAGCAUAUCAUAAACAAGAUCGAUAAAGAUAGCCUCAAGCCUGGAGAUCAUAUCUAUGCUUACAGAAAAUUGCACACCUACUCCCACCAUGGUAUCUUCAUUGGGGGAGAUAGAGUGAUUCACUAUAACAGAACAAAAGACGGAAACACAUCGCAACGAGCUAAACCAUCCAAGAACUGCGGGGUUGACAAAAACCACCUCCGAGGAGUUGUCAAGUCCUGCGUCGACUGCUUCCUCAAACACCACACCCUCCGCCGCUUCCAAUAUGGCGUUGGUUACGGCCGCUACCUCACCAACUGGCCAGGUACGAACAAUGGGUUCGGGGACUACAACUUGUUUGAGAACAACUGCGAGGCGUUUGCAAUGUUCUGCAAGACGGAGAAGCGCGUGAGCGACCAGGCGUGCUCCGCCAUGUUGUUGAUCAAGGCUAGUGUGAAGGUGGCGAUGGAUAGGCUUCUUCGUGAAUCGUGA